CGAACCGAAGAAAAUCAAGGUCUCACUUUACUUCCGUUUUGGAGAGAAUACCCCGGGCUAUCAGUCCAUGAAAAAAGGUCAAUGCAUUCCUAUGUGAAUUUCGGCAAAUCCAAGCUAGUUUUCCAAAUCUUCGAAUUCUACACUACUCAGAAUAACACAAGACAUACUUUAAUGAUACAAGACAAGAUACAAUAGCUUUAUGAAAUAUACAAAUAUCAAAUGAUGAUGAUGAUUGCAAUAGUUCUAACAAACAUUGUUUUGAACGCUACAGACAGUCUAAAUAUUAUCUUAAAAAUCGGAAACGAUACGAAACUUAUCGUAACUUCAGAAAAAUCAUCAUGAAAACAUUUCAUGUCGAUAAAUAAUACAACUUAUCUAAUAGAAAAGUCUCUCUAUUCAUUAGAAAUAUCGUUAGGAUGACGAUGAUGCAUCAGAUAAACAUCAUUUAUGUUUCUUGACUUUAAGAGUUACCCUUUAAAGUGUAUUAUCGAUUGAGUUUUCAUUUUUGCUUCUAUCGUAAAGAUAUGUUUAGCGCUGUUGUAUGUAUGAUCUAAUUAAAUAAGUUGAAGCAAUCGCAUUUCUGUUGCUCUUUUUGUAUAAGAAUAGAUAAUGUCUUAUAAAUCUGAAAAUGUUAAAAAAACAUUAACAAAUUUUAAAUCGGAUGAUGUUGAAAAUAAAGAUGCCGAAAGUUUAUGUUCUCGUUUAUUACAAGCCAUCGGUGAAUAUCUAUGUUUAUUAGAUGAUUUCGAAGGUGAAUGUCCUCGUGUCACAGAAAGUUUUUGUGAUGAAAUAUCAUCACUAGAAGAAAUUCUGUUGUCAAUUCAUGACAAUACAGCCAAUAAAAUAACUGAAGAUCGAUGUUUAACUCCAAUAUUAAUAACAGCGACACUACUUACAGCAUUAUCUGGUUGUUCAAACUAUGAUGAAACAAUUGGUCCAUUUACGGUUAAAUAUGAAUUUUUAUCAAAUUGGUUGCGUGCACUAGGUACAAGUCUAUUACAACAUUGCAGUGCGGUAUCCGGUGAUGAUGUUGAAUUUCGCGAUGAACAAUCGUGGAUUUUAGAAUUAAAACGACUCGAAAAAGUCAAUUUAUUAAAAUAUCUGGAAGAAUUAAUCUAUGAACAACAAGAAAAAGAGAAGACAAAUUCAACAAUGACUGGCUAUGGAACAAUGACCGAAGAUGAUGAAACAAUAACAAAUCAAAUAUUUCAAAACGCAUUAGAAGCAUUCAAAGCACAAAGUUUAAAAAAAGAUAUUAUUGCCGCGAAAUUAUCAUGUUAUAUCUUAUCGGAUGACAUCGACGGAUUACAGGAUAUAUGUGAUAUAUUUAGAUAUAAAUUAAAAUCAUCAAUUCAGUGGCUAAUGUCAUCGUUGCGUUUGAUAUGCUAUCGAUCAUGUUACAUUAUGGCAACGUUGAAAGCUCGUUUAUACUCUGAUAUAUGUGACUUAAUUUCAAUUGAGGAUGAUGACACAAAUUUCAAUAAAUUACGAGAAUUUGAGUUGUUUUACUCACGACCAAAAUUAGAGCAUGGUAGUCAAUCAACAUCCCUGUCAACAUUUGAUGAACUGUUAAGAGAUCAGUUGACAACACUGGGUAAAGAUGCGCACUUUCAUCAUGAACUGUUAGUUUAUUGUAUAUGA